AUGAAUGAAGAGGAACUACGGGGAAAACUAGAUGCAGAAUUGGAUCGCUGUGUUGUGGAUAUGAAGCCUCAUGUUCUAAAUCUACAGCAUGGAUCAGAACGAGAAAGAUGUGUACUGUGGAUUGAAAAACUAUAUGAACCCUCAGGAGCAGGCACAGGAAUAGUGGGAAGGAGGAAUCGGAACCUAUAUGCAAAACUUUUGCUCCACAUGCUGAAGCGAGGUGUGCUGGAAAAUCCUUUUACACAUAAACCAGAACCAGGAAUACUGAAAACUUUACCUUCUUACCUAUCAAUUUAUUUUGAUGAACCAAAUUCAACAAGAGUUCAGAGUAGCCCAGACUGCUUACCUGACGGUGUAAUGGGAGAACUAGGAAACAGUGAAUCUAAGCAUGAGGAAAUGUGGAAGGCCUCUUCUAAAGAGGAAUCAUCUUCAGCAACACCACCUGUGUAUGGGGAAAGAUGCAAGUACAAUGAGAAGCCAGUGUUAAGAUCAUAUUCUAUGAGUCUUGCUCACCGGACAGAUGAAGAUAACGUAGCCACACCACUGUCUGACCAUCGUCAUAAAAACCUCGGUUCUUUGGAUGACAGUGACCUCGAAGCACGCCUCAAUAGUUGGAAUCUUGGGUUAGAAAAUCCACGAUACUUGCGUGAGAAACCGGUUCCAGUGUCUUUGAUGACACCCAAAAUUGGUCUAGGAAAAAGUAGCACUUCACGUGAUGAACAGGCACUAUUUCGAAUGCAUGAAAAAAAGCUAGACAUGAAAAUGAAAAUAGCAGAAGGCAAAUUUCAUGAAGAAAACCUUAAAUUACAGCAGAAGCAUGAUACUGAUGUUCAAAAGAUUUUGGACAGAAAGAAUGAUGAAAUAGAGGUAUUGAAGUCCUUCUACAAAACCAAACAAAAUGAAGCUGAGGAUACAAUUAGAAAACUGGAGAAAAAAGUUGAGACCCUUGUUCGGGAGUCACAAGUGGUGAGAGAAGUGAAAGAGAAGCAGAUUGCGGAGUUGAAGAGGAUGUGUGAGCAAAGCAAUGAUUCUCUGAACAACGAGUGGGAGAAAAGGCUUCACAAUGCUGUGGCUGAGAUGGAGAAGGAGAAAUGUAAUAUUUGGCAGGAGCACAGAGAAAAGAUGCAGAAACUGCUGGAGGACACCAGUGCUCAUCUUAGCAAAAUGGAGGAAGAUUAUUUGGAACAGAUAAAGUCAACUAACCAAACGGUCAAAAAACUGGAGGCUCGUGUCCAGCAGUUGACUGUUGAGGUUGAAAAUAGUUAUUUACAACGUCAAAAAUUAUUACAAGAGAAGAGUGGUGCAGAACAACGUUACCAGAAGCUAUGGUCUGAACUCCAGGAGGUGAAAGCAAGGCACAGCUCGCUUCAGAAAGACAAGAACCAUAUUAUACAGGAACAUGAGCAGAACAUUCAGCAACUACAAAGUAAAUAUGAUAUUAUAAAUCAGGAACAUGCUCUCUCUGCAUCGGGCGUGAUUGAGGAAUUACAGCAUAGUGUGUCUCUCUUAAAACAACAGUUACAAGAUUCAGAAGAUCAAAGGCAGCAACAGCUGAGGGAUCAAGAAUACAAGCUUCAACAGGACAAACUUCACUCGGAGCGUGCACAUGAAAAGCAGAUUCAUGACAUCCGGAUUGACCUUAAAAAGGAGAGAGUGGAUGCUCAAAAGAAGAUUCGCAAACUGGAGGAUACUUUGAAGGAGAAGGAGGAGCAGCUGACUCGGGUGACAGAGGUACAGAGGCUGCAGGCCCAGCAGGCAGAUGCUGCCCUGGAGGAGUUUAAGCGGCAGGUGGAGCUGAACUCAGAAAAAGUCUACGCUGAAAUGAAACAGCAGGUGGAAAAGGUUGAAGCAGAUCUAAGCAGAUCAAAAUCACUCCGGGAAAAACAAUCCAAAGAAUUCUCCUGGCAAUUGGAAGAGCUCAAGCAGAGAUACGAGCAACAGAUAGUGGAGCUGAAGCUGGAGCAUGAACAGGAGAAGACGCACCUAUUCCAGCAGCACAACGCAGAGAAGGACUGCCUGGUCCGAGACCAUGAACGGGAAAUCGAGAAACUGGGAAAACAGCUUCGCGCUACCAUGGCAGAGCACGAGAGUAAAAUUCAAGAAUGCAGGAAACGAGAGGGACAGGCAAACAACCGGCUGAAGCAGGCUGAGAAGGAGUACAGCCAGAAGAUGGCUAAGUCCUCGCAGAUCAUAGCUGAACUUAAGACAACCAUUUCCUCUCUGACAGAGGAGAACAGCCGGCAGCAGCUUGCUGCGGAACAGCAGCUCCAGGAAGUUGUACGAAAGUUUGAUGAUAUAAAGCAGCAGCUGAUUACAGAUAAUGACAGAGCAAUCCAGGUCUUGCAAGAUAAAGUGGAAAGUUACCGCGCUCAGACACGGGCUGCAGAGAAGAAGUUGCAUCUCAAGGAGAUGGAGUUCCAUGAGCAG